CGGUCCUCCUCCUCCGGGGGCGCCGCCCCCACCCGCUGCUUUUGCGGAUUUCUCCGGGGUCUCCGUGCCUUUGCCGGAGUUCCACGGCUCUAGUUCCUGGGCUUUAGCUGGGGAGGGGAUGGUCUCGGAGAGUGGCAUCCAGGAAGGGCACGGGCGCCCCCAACCUUGUGCCAGGAAGCUGGGCGUAUUGAGCGUCGCCUGUGCCGAGAGGAGCCGCACGUUCUCUCGGUCGGUCCUGAUGGCAGCACUUCCAGGUGCAGCCCAGGACCCAGAGCCUUCUACCCCAGUUCUCCUGGGAUGAGGUCCACGUGCAGAAGCUGGAAAGUGACGGCUGUACCCAAGGCUGCAAAACUUGAUAAGAUGUCCACUUCAUUUCACCUUCCAGGGUUGAGGAAGCUCUGUCUAAAGAAACACACCAAGGUUUCAAUUCUGGUACCCUGGUUCCUGGCCCUGCCAGAGUUCUGGUUCCGGAAGGCCUUUCCCAGGUGCCUUGGGCAUAGCUCCCACCCGGGUACAAGGCAGCGCUAAAGAUAUGGGCAAGAGCAUCCCCGAGUACCUGGGGCAACUGGACAUCCGCAAAAGUAUAGUGGGCCUGGCCACAGGUGCCUCAGCCAUCUACCUGCUCUACAAGGCCAUCAGGGCUGGCCUAAAAUGCCAGCCACCUCUCUGCUCCAAUUCGCCCAUCUGCAUCGCCCGUGAGUGUCCAGUCCCUGGGGAGAGGGCUCCGCCCCAGGAGGCACCUGCUUCUGAGGCCUCCCCUGUAGAAAGGCCCAAAGGCCUGGCCAUCGAGCGAGAGCGCCAUGGGCGGGACUCAGGUGAGCUCCGGAGACUCCUCAACUCUUUGGAGUGCAAGCACGAUGGGUACACCAGGAGCAUGAUCCUGCACAGCAUCACUCGCUGUGUGUACUUGCUGGAGGCUGAGGCCUCUGCUUGUACUAAUGAUGAUAUCAAGUUGGUGGCUGACAUGCUGGAAGACAAGGACACCAGUGUCAAAAUCCAAGCUCUGAACGCACUUAAAGCUUUCUCUGGCAUCCGGAAAUUCAGGCUUAAAAUCCAGGAACACUCCAUCAAAGUGCUAGAACUGGUCUCCACCAUCUGGGACUCGGAGCUUCACAUUUCUGGCCUCAGACUCCUCAACAACCUUCCGCUGCCUGACUAUGUGCAUCCCCAGCUGCGGCGGGUGAUGCCUGCCCUGAUGGAAAUCCUGCAGUCAGACUGUAACAUGGCACAGGUACAAGCCCUGCGACUGAUGAGCUACCUGGCACAGAAGAAUGACCUUCUCUAUGACAUUCUCAACUGCCAGGUGCACUCCGACUUCCUGAACCUGUUCCAGUCCACACAGCCAGGAAAUCUGCUGUUUGAGGUACUGGUGUUCGCUGAGCGGCUGAGUGAGGGCCGGAAUGCAUCCCACUACCGAGCUGUGAAAUGGCAUUACAAUGAACAGUCCCUGCAUGAAGCCCUCUUUGGGGACGAGUCACGACUGGCAGACCGGCUGCUUUCCCUGGUCAUCCACCCUGAGGAAGAGGUUCAGAUCCAGGCCUGUAAGGUCAUAGUCAGCCUGCAGUGUCCCCAGGACGUGGCAGCCCGGCCCUCCUCCUUCCAUCCCAGUCAUUCUUUCUCUAAAAGUGGGGAAUAAAGUUAAGGAGAAUCAAUAAAUGAGUAUGGGAGAGAAGCUUGGGGGCUUCUUGGAGCUUGAUUUUCUGUCUGUGGACUUCCAGGGCUGGGUGGAGAUUUCACUCAGUGUGACCUCUGCUCCAGAGGAUGGUACGACAUGGGCAAAUCUCUCCAAACACAGCUCCGCCAUGUUUAGGAGACUGACUCUUGCUGCUUUUCAAAUCUGAAUAUGGAGCCAAGUACUUUCAGGAAGUUGGGAGAAGGUGGGUGCUAUGAUUUGGGUUCAUAUGUUGGAGUUGGAUCCAGAUUGAUGGUAUUGGGAGAUGGUGUGGACCUUAAAGACAUAGGAUCUCAUGGGAGGUUCUCAGGUCAUUGAAGGUGUGCCCUCAGAAGGGGUUGGAGGACCCCAGUCUCUGUCUUCUUGUUUGACAAUGUGAUACUUCCUUACACAUGCGCUUCCGCCAUGAUGUGACCCCCAUCUGUUGUUAGAUCCUCCUCAGAGGCUGAAUCAGGGGGACCUGACUUGAUUUUGGGCUUCGAACCUCUAAAACUGUGAGCUAAUAAAUCUCUUUUCUUCAUAA